AUGUACAGGGACAACGGGCUCAACACCUCCAUGGAGAAGAGCCUGGUCACCGGCCCGGACAACUUCAUCACCACCUCCGACCGCUUCAACUUCCACCCCAGCUACAACCCAAGCAGCCCCUCGCACUGCUAG